AAGAUGCAGCCAAACGUGCUGCCCGCGCUCUGCUGAUAAGCGGCGAAUUACCCGAAGAAAGAGGACGAGAAGCGGUCAACAGGUGGCUGUUUGCGGGCUCUCUGCACUGAUUGCGCGCUCAGUUUCCACUGCGCACCGCCGCGAUGCUGUUACCGCCCGGCACGCUGCUGCUGCUGGCGGCUCUCUACUCGAGUGUAGACCUGACUGGGGCUGAGGGUUGUGGGUCAUCAUGUGGAAAAUGUGACUGCAGUGGUGUGAAAGGAGCAAAGGGUGAGCGUGGGUUUCCAGGUCUUCAAGGCAAUAUGGGAUUUCCAGGGAUGCAGGGACCUGAAGGGCCUCCGGGGCCGAUGGGCCUCAAGGGAGAUCUGGGUGAACCGGGGGCUUCUGGAAUGAAAGGAGUGCGGGGUCCUCCUGGUCUACCAGGUUUCCCAGGAAAUCCAGGACUACCAGGCAUCAAUGGAAACGAUGGCCCGCAAGGUCUGCCAGGUAUCCCAGGAUGCAAUGGGACUAAAGGAGAGAGGGGAAGGGAUGGCAUUCCUGGUAUUGCUGGUCUUCAAGGACCUCCUGGCAUCCCGGGACUUCCUGGAAUGAAGGGUGACCCUGGUGGUGUGAUUGGGAUUGUUCCACUGAAAGGAGACAAAGGAUUCCCGGGAACACCUGGAUCACCUGGACCAAAUGGACUUCCUGGACCUACUGGACCUCCAGGACCUCGUGGCUAUCGAGGACCACAAGGAGAUCCUGGCCCCCCUGGCCCUCCUGGAGAGAAGGGUGACAGGCUGGCCUUUGUGAGUGAGAAAGGAGAUAAGGGUGAACGGGGAUUUCGUGGCCCACCCGGCCCUCCUGGACCUCCAUCACUGGGAGUGGAAGGACACACCACGCUGCACGUACCUGGACCACCGGGUGACCGAGGACUUCCAGGAGACAAAGGAGAAAAAGGCUAUUGCAUCCCAUAUCAGGCUGGUGUUAAAGGUGAUCCCGGCCCACCUGGACAAAGAGGUAAACCUGGAAAGGAUGGAGAGGACGGGCCAAAGGGAGAAAAAGGCUUUCCUGGAGCUUCCGGGUACACAGGUUCCCAGGGUGAAAAGGGAGAAAGAGGACCUCCAGGUUAUGGUACUGGGGCCCCUGGUCCUCCUGGUCCUCCUGGUUUCCCAGGUUUACAAGGAGAAAGAGGUUUUCCUGGUCCUCCGGGAGAAGCAGGUCCACCAGGCCGGCACAUUGAAGGGCCCCGUGGAGAGAGGGGUCAGAAGGGAGACCUGGGUGAGAAAGGAGACAAGGGUAUGGAAGGAGAGUCUCUUGUUGGACCUCCAGGACAGCCAGGGAUCGCAGGACUCCCUGGACCACCCGGACAACCGAUUGACCCUAAUGAAUGCAACAUUGCAAAAGGGGCUCCUGGCCCACCUGGACCUCCAGGGUUACAAGGGGAACUGGGACAGAAAGGUGACAAGGGAGAUACCUGUGUUCAAUGCGAGGGUUUCGGCCCACCUGGAUUACCUGGCCCCUCGGGUAAUAAAGGAGAGCGAGGACCUCCUGGGCCAGUAGGUGGCAAGGGAGAAAAGGGUCAAUCUGGUGCUUCUGGACAGCCUGGAAGACCUGGUCUUCAAGGCACUCCUGGGCUGAUGGGAGCCCCUGGUGCUGUUGGUGAGCCAGGGGACAUUUUCAUAGCUCCUGGUCUGAAGGGGGACAAAGGUCUGCCUGGUCUUCCUGGAUCACCUGGGCGGCCAGGGUUAGAUGGACAGCCAGGGAGAGAUGGCUCCCCUGGUCUACCUGGCAUCAAAGGAGAACCAGCCAAAGAGGGCAUCAAGGGCGAGCGUGGGCUAAAUGGGGACCCUGGUCUUAUUGGGCCUCCGGGAGAGAGGGGUCCACCUGGUCUGCCAGGCUUCGGUCGUGCAGGAGAGGUUGGAGAGAAGGGCAGUCAGGGGAGACCGGGCAUUCCUGGAACUCCUGGACCACCUGGCGCGAAAGGUGAGCCAGGUCAAGGUGUGAGCGCUCCUGGACCACCGGGAGCACCUGGGGCUUUAGGAGAAACUGGCAGACCUGGAAUUCAAGGUGAUAGAGGCCUGCCAGGAGACACAGGGUUGCCAGGUUUCCCUGGACCGAAGGGUGAACACGGACUCCCAGGAAUUGGACUUCCAGGCCCAACUGGGCCAAAAGGAAUAAGUGGAAUUCCAGGAGCUCCAGGAUUGCCAGGAGAACCAGGAAGACCAGGAAACGAUGGCUUGACUGGACAAACUGGUCCACCUGGACAAAAAGGUGAGCCAGGACGGGGUCUUCCAGGCCCAAAAGGUUCACAGGGUUCCCCAGGAAUUACUGGCUUCCAGGGAGAGAAGGGUAGCGGUGGACUACCUGGUGUCCCUGGACGCGAAGGCCAGACAGGACCACCAGGGCCUCAGGGAGUCAAAGGUGACGUGGGAGCCCCAGGACCUCCUGGACUGGUUGGCUUACCUGGUGCUCCAGGAAAAGGCUCGACCGGAGUUCCCGGACCACAAGGACCACCUGGAGAACCCGGACCGUUCGGGAGGGAAGGUGUAAAGGGAGACAAGGGCUACCCAGGUCCUCCUGGUCUGGACAUGCCAGGGCCUAAGGGAGAGAAGGGAUCGCCCGGGUUCCCAGGAGUCCAAGGUUCCAAAGGACUGCCAGGGCCACCGGGCUUACCAGGCAGGGACGGACAGAUUGGACACCAAGGUCUUAAAGGUGAAAUGGGGGUUAUGGGGACGCCGGGAGUACCAGGCCCUCCUGGAUCACCUGGUAUAUCUGGAUCUCCUGGUCUGAGAGGUAAUCCUGGUAUUCCUGGACCAAGAGGUAAUACUGGAGACACUGGACUUAAAGGAGAGAGGGGAGAUACGGGUCUCCAGGGACCUCCUGGGAACAUGAGUGAAGUUGACAUGGAGCAUAUGAAGGGGGAGAAGGGAGACAUCGGAGAGAUAGGUAGACCUGGCUUCGCUGGACAGAAGGGCUUCCGUGGACUUACUGGAGACCCUGGGAUGCCAGGCAAAGAUGGAGAACCCGGAUUGCCUGGACAAGCAGGUGAGAAAGGAGACCCCGGUCUUCCUGGAGAGAGUGGCAGUAUGGGACCACCUGGACAGAAAGGCAGUGUGGGAGAGAUGGGAAUACCAGGUCCAGUUGGUCCAAAGGGUACUAAAGGAGAUAUAGGUACGCCGGGACAUCCUGGAUUCAGAGGCACAGAUGGGCUGAAAGGAGACAAGGGACAAGCUGGUGACCCAGGUAUUGGGAUUCCAGGACAUCCAGGAGAAAAGGGUGCGAAAGGCCAGUCAGGAUUCCCAGGAUUACAAGGAGAGAAGGGUCUGAGGGGUCAGGAGGGCAUGCCUGGCAAACCAGGACUGCAAGGACCCAAGGGAGAAAAAGGAAGCAUCGGGUAUUCAGGUCAGCCAGGUAGACCAGGAGAGAAGGGUACCCCUGGACUGCCAGGGCCUGCAGGAGAAGCUGGUCUUGACGGUCGGCCUGGUGAAGGUGGCUUGCAGGGACCUCCUGGUCCUUCUGGAGAAAAGGGAGAGCCUGGAGUGGAUGGCAUCCCUGGAUCCUCGGGGGAGAGAGGAGACCCAGGUUUACCUGGCCGAGGUUUCCCUGGGCCAGUUGGAGAGCUUGGCAGCAAAGGUGACAAAGGUAGUCCUGGCUUCCCUGGCACUCCAGGUCAUCCGGGUGUCCCUGGUAUCAAAGGUGACAAGGGACUUCCAGGCUCUCAGGGACCCCUGGGUGAGCCAGGAGAGAGGGGUGUCCCAGGUAUCUCUCUGGAGGGCCCUAAAGGAGAGAGGGGAGAAACAGGACCACCCGGAGAAACAGGAACCACGGGACAGCCAGGAGCCACUGGUGUGCCAGGCAGGCAUGGUCAGAAGGGAGAGAAAGGAGACCACGGCAACCCUGGUUUCCAGGGAGAGUCGGGACAUAAGGGUGACCCCGGAGCCCCUGGACUUCCUGGACAAUCUGGCCUUCCAGGUAUCGAUGGACAGAAGGGAGAGAGGGGGUUGCAAGGUGUCCCUGGCUUCCCAGGUACAAAGGGUAAUUUCGGGGACAUUGGAUUAAAAGGAGAAUUUGGAGACAGAGGAUUCCCUGGAGAAAAGGGCAGUGACGGCCCCCCUGGUCCCCCCGGCCCCCAAAUCUUCAUCAAAGGAGACAUUGGGUUCCCAGGGACUCAAGGCUUACCGGGACCCCAGGGGCCACCUGGGCUCCUUGGACAGAAAGGACAACAAGGUGUGACAGGUAUUCCAGGGCCAAAAGGUGAAGAUGGCCUUCCUGGAUAUCACGGUCAGCCUGGAGGCAAAGGAGAGCCUGGCCUCCCGGGGCCACAGGGGCCCAUAGGACACCCCGGCCCCCCGGGACCUGACGGCGUUCCAGGUCAGGUGGGUCCACCCGGCCCCUCUUCCAUGGAUCACGGGUUCCUGGUAACCCGCCACAGCCAAAUGGUGGAGGUUCCAAACUGUCCUGAGGGAACCUCGCUCAUAUAUGACGGCUACUCCUUGCUCUACGUACAGGGCAACGAACGCUCUCAUGGACAGGACUUAGGUACGGCAGGCAGCUGUCUGAGGAAGUUCAGCCCCAUGCCCUUCCUGUUCUGUAACAUCAACAACGUGUGCAACUUUGCCUCCCGUAAUGACUACUCCUACUGGCUCACCUCUCCUGAGCCCAUGCCCAUGAGCAUGGCACCUAUCACCGGUGAAAGCAUCAAACCCUUCAUCAGCAGGUGUGCGGUGUGUGAAGCCCCAGCCAUGGUGAUAGCUGUUCACAGUCAGACCAUCAUGAUCCCACCAUGCCCUAACGGCUGGGAUUCUCUGUGGAUCGGCUACUCCUUUGUCAUGCACACCAGCGCCGGAGCUGAGGGUUCAGGACAGGCUUUGGCCUCUCCUGGUUCCUGCCUGGAGGAGUUCCGCAGCGCCCCAUUCAUCGAGUGUCACGGCCGUGGAACCUGCAACUACUACGCCAACUCCUACAGCUUUUGGCUCGCCACCAUUGAAGACACUGAGAUGUUUACAAAACCUGUCCCGACAACGCUAAAAGCAGGCAACCUCCGAACACACAUAAGCCGCUGUCAGGUGUGCAUGAAGAGGACAUAAACCCCGACGCCAGGGUCCUCCCUCCCAACCUGAGAGCAUCACCACGUGCGCUGACAUCCUCGACUUGCCUUUACUUCCUGUUUUCAAAGGAUGGUGCUAUUUCCCUGCAUGUGUGAGAGGAGAGGGACAGAGAUGUGGUUUGCAGAACAACCAGAGAUCGAACAUUGCAAACCAGGACCAGAGACCAAGCGGCCUUUUGCUUCAUGCAGAACACUUAACCAACACAAUCACAAUGCGUCUCUAAAGAAUUGCACCCAGUUUACCACUGCACUGAGCACACGCCCCCUAAACUGGUAAACUGGGGUUCAUUUUGAAAGGGUUGUUGUGUAAGUCAGGUGCUAUUCUUAUUUAUCUGCCUUAUUCCAUUUUGUUUCUCUUUAUAUUCCCCUUCCCUGCCAGCGCCACAGCAUUCAAAGAUAUAGCCACAUAUUAUUAUAGAUUUUCACACCUUUUAGCUUGUUUAAAUGUACUAAUGUAAAGGAUGGGACUUACCACUGGUUGCAGACGCUUGUCAUUGGCUAAAUCACCAAAAUGUCGGAGACGCAGAUAUAUAACAAUCACUCUGUUGUAAAUAUAAUGCAUUCCUCUCUAACACAGUUCAACAUACUCUCCUCAGGUUAUUAUUGAAUUACUUUGUGUGUCAUUAAGUCCAUUUUUAUUUAUAAGAUUUAUGAGAAUAUGUUGGACUUGAGUGUAUCUGAGAUUCCAUUGAUCCAAAAACAGUGUUUCAACGUCUGACGCCUUAGUAACAUACAAAACAGCACUGAAAUAGCAUUGGCUGGUGUGUGUGUGUGUGUGUGUGUGUGUGAGUGUGUGAAUGCAUGUGUGUGAGUGUACAUAUAUGAAUGGAUUGUAGCUGUUUGGAAGCGGUGCAUGUUUUGUGAAGUCUGCAUAUAUAUUGUUGCACAACCACAAAAAGAAAUAGACAAACACAUCACCUUCCCUGUGCCUUUACCACGUCAGAACAUUGUGUGUAACAGCUGUGUUGUUAAAGGAUUUACUCGUCUCACACUACAUGAACCAGAUGUUUCUGAUCUUGUGAUCCCAAAGAAAUGCACAUGUAUAUAUACUUAGACAUAACAUGUACUUGCUAUUGUGCUCAUGUACUUGACUUUUCCCAUUGUGAAAUACUGUUAUCAUCCCUGUCGAUUUAAACCAAAACUGAUUUUUCAUUAAGAGCCAAGGGUCGUCAUCAUUGUCCAUCCGAGUCAGACACAGGCAGAUGAGGAGGACUGCAAUUACAAGUGUCUCGGUCAGUAGGAGGAAGACCUCUUCGACCUCAGACACGUGUCCCUUUCAGAUCUAUUGAAAGAUUCAAAGUUUUCUACUGUUAAAGUUAUAGCAGUUACUCUACACUGACUGUAACCUGUUUUUCUUUGUGUGUUGUGAUAUUGUGCUCCAUGAGGCAUAUAGAGUAUUAGCAGUGUUUGCCAUCAUAAAACAAACUUGAUUACGUGAGGAAUGAUCUUAACUAAUUAACAAACAGAAACAUUUCAGUAUUUUAUAUUUUCCAGAUCACAAACUGUGUAAUUCCUGCAAUAAAGUUAUUUGUAGAAUAUUC